AUGAGUCAAAAAGAUCCGUUGGAAGACAUAGACAUAAGGUCUGAGCCCUUGUGUCCAGUCUGUGGCCAGUCACACUUACCAGAAGAAAACCAUGCAUAUAGCUACACAGAAGACGUGGAUGAUGAUCUAAUUUGCCACAUCUGCCUGCAGCCUUUGCUUCAGCCACUGGACACGCCUUGUGGCCAUACCUACUGCACAAUUUGCCUUACAGACUUCUUAGUAGAAAAAGACUUCUGCCCUGUGGACCGCAACAUUCUUACCCUACAGACUUGUAGAAAAUCCAGCAUACUAGUAAAUAAACUCCUGGAUAAGCUAAUGGUUAGCUGCCCUUUCACAGAAUACUGCUCAGAGGUCAUUCAACGUUGUGAUCUUGAACAACAUUUUCAAAAUGGAUGUAAAGGAGCAUCCCACUACGGCCUUACCAAGGACCGAAAGCGACGUUCCCAGGAUGGAUCUCCUGACUCUAGCGCUGCUUUGACUGUUGCUGCUCUUGGCCCAGAGCUCUCUGCCGCCGCCACUAUAGCCUUAAUGACAGACGAGCCGGGCUUAAUCAACCCUGCCUUCAGCACCACCUCUGAGGACUGCCAGUCGGGACCCAGCUCUGCAGAUCUUCCCAGAAGCAGCCAAACUAGACCUCGUCAUUUCGAACGUUCCACAAUAAGAAGCCGGUCCUUUAAGAAAAUCAACAGAGCUUUCAGCGUUCUUCGGAGGACAAAAAGUGGGAGUGCUGUUGCCAACCAUGCUGAAGGGGAGCAGGAGAAUGUUGAAAAUAUGGUUGCCUCAGAGGAAGUGUUCCCAAGGCUAUAUCACCUCAUCCCAGAUGGCGAAAUUACCAGCAUUAAGAUCAGCCGCAGCGAACCCAACGAAAGUCUGGCCAUUAGGAUUGUUGGAGGCAGCGAAACGCCAUUGGUUCACAUCAUCAUACAGCACAUCUAUCGCGAUGGGGUCAUUGCCAGAGAUGGAAGAUUACUCCCAGGGGACAUGAUACUGAAGGUCAAUGGCAUGGACAUCAGGAACGUACCACACAGUUACGCCUUAUCAGUUCUGAGGCAGCCCUGCCAAGUCCUGCGGCUGACGGUGCUCAGGGAGCAGAGGUACAGGUGUCGGAACAGCGGGAUUCCCCUGGAGGUUCCCUGCAACAGGGACAACAGCGUCCACGUCGUUCUAAACAAAAGCACCCCCGAGGAGCAGCUGGGCAUCAAGCUGGUCCGCAAGGCAGACGAAACCGGGGUGUUUGUUUUCAACUUGCUGGAAGGAGGCGUCGCUGCCAGGGAUGGGCAACUUCAAGAGAAUGACAGGGUUUUAGCUAUCAAUGGCCACGAUCUUCGAUACGGAAGUCCAGAGAGUGCAGCCCAGCUGAUACAGGCUAGUGAGAAGCGUGUCCACUUCGCUGUCUCCCGGCAAACCAGGCAGCAGACGCCUCCUGAUAUCUUGCAGGAGGCUGGGUGGGAUUACAAUGGUAGCCAUCCACCCUGCCCGGCGCAGAGGAAUAACCCUAACAAGGCUGCCCUCCAUGCGGUCACCUGCCAUGAAAAGGUGGUGGUUGUCCGAAAAGAUAACGCAGAGUCACUGGGAAUGACUGUGGCAGGUGGUGCGUCCUCCCACAGGGAAUGGGAUUUGCCAAUUUAUGUCAUAAGUGUUGAACCAGGUGGAGUCAUCAGCAGAGAUGGCAGAAUCAAAACAGGUGACAUUCUGCUCAAUGUAAACGGAAUUGAUCUGACAGGUGUCAGCCGCGGAGAGGCUGUCGCCCUUUUGAAAAACACCUAUUUGAACAGCUCUGGCCCCAGUGAAUGGUCUCCUUCCUGGGUGAUGUGGCUUGAGCUGCCACGGUAUCUGUACAGCUGCAAAGAAAUUGUACUACGAAGAAAUACAGCAGGAAGCCUUGGCUUCAGUAUCGUAGGAGGUUAUGAAGAAAAUAGUGGAAACAAGCCAUUCUUUAUCAAAUCCAUUGUUGGAGGGACUCCAGCCUAUAAUGAUGGAAGAAUCAGGUGUGGUGACAUCCUCCUUGCAGUCAAUGGCAGAAAUAUUUCUGGAAUGGCGCAUGCUAGUUUGGCAAGGAUGCUAAAGGAGCUGAAGGGGAAAAUCACGCUCACCAUUGUGUCCUGGCCUGGCACUUUUUUAUAAAGAUUCAUUUCAGCUGGAGAGCAACAAAUUGUUUGACACAAAUAAAGCACUUAAUAGGGACAUCUGUUUGCUCCACUAUCUGGUCAAUUGUAUACUUGUAAAAGAAAAUUGUGAAAUGUAAAUGUGCAUACAACAAACAGAAUGGUCUUAAGUAGAAAUGUUUCAUGGUAUGCGUUAGGAAAAACAUGCACUUUUAAAAUAUGGAAGUCCACCGAGAUCAUAAAUCAGGGUACACAUUCUUGCUGCUCUCUGUCUCAUACGUUUGUAUUUUUAUAUCCAAUCAAAGCAGCAGUGGUAAUACGUUCCACCUACAGUUUUUAAAAGAAAAUAAAUUCAAAUACCUUGUUUGCAAAUGUUCCCAAGAGCUCUUAAACAACUGGUGAAAUACUUUUCUAACAAUUAAGGGGACAGCAUGUCCUCAAGACACAUAGCACUAUGAUGAUUACAUGAAGUCCCUUUUUGUGGUCAGUAUGAAGCAGAUCUUUUUUCAAAACACUUUGUUUCCUAGUGUGUAAUAACUGUGAAUGAAAAUUUCAUUUCUACUGUUAAGAUAACUGUAAUUGUUACUUGUAAAGCCAGGUUAUUUUCAUUAAAAAAGCACAAAAUACACUUUUCAGUGCUUCUGAUUCAUGGCACACGAGUGUUUUACUUCUGUGUUCUGCUUACUCUAUGUCGCAUUCUGGAUUACCAACUACCUGCCAAAGAGGAAGGAAGGAAUUCCAGGUUUGUUUAUGACAAAUUAACUGAGGGACAAAUGAAGGGAGAUUUGAGCAGCUAAAUAUAACAUCUUUCCAAGAGCAGGUGAGGCAUCACAAAUAGAUGCCACUGCAGCAUAGUAAGGAUAUGUGUUUUUUAAGUGGGUA